AUGGUCUCCCAUGGCGCGGCCGAAGCAACGAAAACGGCCGCGAUCAGAAGGCCUUUUGCCAGAUCAAAUCCUAUCCAAAAAGCCAAAAUCGAACGUCGAAGCCAUGAGGAGUGUGGUUCCUGGGCCCUUGACAUGGCGGAACUGCGAGAAACGAGCGGGCGACUCCCUACAAGAUCAAGUCUCAUCGAAGAAGUCGAAAUCGAAUUGUGCAGUCCACAGACAUUGGAACUUCCCUCCCGAAUUCUUCGACAACCUGUCCAAGGCAGGGAUCCCAUAGCGCCCAACUUUUUCCUAGAGGCCAAAGGCCCUAGAGGAACAAUGGGGGUUGCGGUAGCACAAGCCGUUUUAGACGGUGCACCUGGGGCUCUUAUAAUGCACGCAUUGCAGAACUACCUCGUGGAUGAGCCCAUCUACGACGGCAAUGCCUAUGCCUCCACGUCAACCUUGCUUGAUGGUUAUCUCAAACUAUAUGCACAUCAUCUGACUGCUCCUGCUCAGUCCGGACAGAGACCGGAACAUCACACUACGCAACUCAAAGCCUAUGCUUUAACAAGAAUCUACGAGUCUUUGCAAAAGAUUAGGGCAACCGAUUCAUCAAGGAUGCCAACGCGAGAUCGCGCUGAGGAUGACCUUGCAACAACAGUCGAGGAACAGCAAGUUGGAGCCUCGAGUCCUCUUGACUUCCAUGACUGCCAGAUAUUUGCUAAGCCAGAAGACAACGACUAUGAGACCCAGGAGACCUACAUUAGACGCGCCAUUCUACACCAAAAUGGCAACGGCGAUGUAGACGACAUCGAGGUCGAGGUCGCAACAGACUUUGCAAAAGCUUUGCGUCUAGUUUCACAUCGGUCAGCCAUCAAGAUUCCCUGCAUCUCCAGCGCCUGCCCAAGUUGCCGCCCCUCCUCUUUCUCCUUCCUCUAG